AUGGAGAGGUUUUUGAAGAUCUGUGCUUUACUUGUGGUCUCCAUCAUGUUAGUGAUGAACUCAAGCUGUCUCUUGGCAGAAGCAAAAACUUCCAACUUCUUAGUUGCUCAAGGAAGUCCAGUUCAUCAACGUCGAAGUCUGCGGCCAACUGCCAUUCAGCCAGGAUCACCUAUGACAAAUCCGCAGCGUAAAACUGUCGCACCAACUCCACCGCCGAUUGAUUAA